AUGAAUCCACUUACCACAUACAAAUUGGCUUUAAAUAACUUUUCAGAUUAUACCCCAGAUGAAAAGAGAAUGUUGUUGGGAUACACACCACUGGUUUCCGAUAUUGGAUACGCAAUCGACGAUGAACGUUCAAAGAAGCUGGUGCAGAGUAUAGAGGCGACCACAGGUUAUGUAGAUUGGCGUGACAAAUACGUUAGUAGUGUCAAGAAUCAAGGAUUGUGCGGUGGUUGUUAUUCUUUCGCGGCUUCAGCUCUCAUCGAGAGUGCCAUCAUGAUCAAGAACCGAACGGAAUUCGAUUUGAGUGAACAGGACUUGAUCGAUUGCUCCUAUAGUACCUAUCAGGGUAUGAACAACGGAUGUAAAGGUGGUGACAUUGCCCUGGCAAUACAGCAAGCUAUUGCCUCUGGUCAAGCAGACGAGCUGAACUAUCCCUAUAUAUCCGGUAGUUCCAAAGCGCUUGGCCUAUGUGGUAUCUUUAGCGAUUUCUCAUGUUCACAAAACGUUAAUCAUGCAGUACUCCUAGUUGGUUCUGGAGUUGAUAAUGGUCAAGAGUAUUGGAUCGUCAAGAAUUCUUGGGGUACUGAAUGGGGAGAGAAUGGUUAUAAAUCUUUGUUUUGUUUCACUAGUUUGACAUUCAUACAGAUAAUGUCAAGACACUCAAAGAAUAAUACUUCGGGUAAAUUUACUUAUUAUGAGAGACAGCAACUUAAAGAUUAUGGCACACAGAAAGAAAGAUUAGGAAAAGACUCUUUAAAGUCUUUUGAUUGUUGUUCUAUCUGUUUAAAUACAUUAAUUACACCUCUAUCUUGUACAAAAGGUCAUUUAUAUUGUAAAGAAUGUAUAUAUACAUCGUUAUUAAAUCAAAAGCAAAUCAUUAAAGAGAAAGAAGAGAGAUGGAUCAAGCAACAGGAGAAGCUGAAGCAAAAAGAAGAAGAUAUACGUAUAAAGCAGGCUGAACAUGAGUUGAAGGAGUUCGAAUCGAAUAAUGUCACAUUUCUACAAAAUAAUACAGAAAAACCAAUAGAUAAUACAAAAGACAAAGAAAAAGUUAAUAAUGGUGAACAAAAACAAUUAGUAAGAGAGAAAGAAUUAAAGUUAAACUGUUAUUGGAUGUUGUCACACGAUUCAAAGGAAGAAGUACAUGAAAAACCAGAUACCAAUACUAAAUGUCCUGAGGGUAAUCAUGUACUACGAUUGAAACAGUUGAUCAGUGUAAAGUUUAAGGCAGCAGAUACAGGUAGCGCCAACAGCUCGAAAGAUAUCAAUAGAUACUGUUGUCCUAUAUGCGAUAAGAUAUUCACGAAUAGCACACGUUUGAAGAUGUUGAAGCGAUGUGGACAUGUUUUUUGCGAGAGUUGUCUAAAUCGAUUCCAAGACGACCCGAAAAACCUAAAGACAUCGCAAUGUUAUACCUGUGCAAAAGAAUUCGAAUCUCUCGAUAUCAUCAAUUUACAACAGGGUGGUACAGGUUACGCAGGUCAAUCUGGUCAUAAGUUGGAAGCAUCAAACAUAGAUGGUUCAAUGGCUAUCCUUUGCUUUAGAGAAUAA